AUGAAACCGUAUGCGAACCAACAGUGCAGUGGCGAAAGCGGUGGUGUAGGGUAUUUGUUCAAUGUGGUUAGCGGUGAGUGCAUUUCACUUGUAUCAAUAAACCAAUUUAACCAAUCGAAUACCAUCAAUACCAGCUCAAGCUUAAAAGUGAAUGUAUUUGGAUUGAUUGGUUUAUUUGAAUUUUAUGAUAAUAGUGAUUGCACCAGCGAUCCUAAUCAAUUCAGUGAUGCCUUUAAACAUAAUCAAUGCUAUCAAUUACCACCACUUUUAAGUGUAGAUUUUGGACAACAACCAAAUCAAGAUGAUGUUUAUUUUAUGAUUAGCUUUUUAGAUAACCCAAAUUUAAUUACACCAAUUUUAAAUCAAGAAUAUGGUUUAAAAAAAAUUCAGUACGAUUCAACCACCAGUGACAAUUGCCAAGGAAGUGAUUUUCAAUUUGCUCAAUUGAUAUCCAAUAAUUUUACAAUAACAAAUUCCAAUAAUAACCAAAUCGAUACCUUUUAUUGCAACAACAUGCAACCCACACUCAAAAACUGUAUUAAUAACACCCCAUGCUCAUUCACCCCAUUAUCAAUAAAUUGCAAUAAUGGCAUAAUUCAAACCUGUUAA